AUGGAAGUAGCGGACGUAAUAAGCGUAACAAGGCCUGCACCAAGGGCCGAUUUUGCAGAGGAGGAGGAGGAUCUAGAAGAUGUGGAAGAUGUGGAAAUGAACGACAACGACGAGGACCAGGACGAUCACUACCAGAGCCAUGAGAGACAUGCUUUAUCGCAGCACGCCAUCGUCACCCCGGGAGAGCUAAUCACCGAGGACCCGAUCUGGAUGAAAGGGCACGGCACCUACUUCAUCAACGACAAGACCUACAGCUCAGUCGUGGGGAAGAUCUCGCGAGUCAACCGUCUCCUCAGCGUGAACGCCAUCCGCGGCAAAUACAGCCCCGAGACGGGGGACCAUGUGGUGGGGCGAAUCACCGAAGUCGCCAACAAGAGAUGGAAGGUCGACAUCGGCACCAAGCAGGACGCCGUGCUAAUGUUGGGUUCGGUCAAUUUGCCCGGCGGGAUACUUCGUCGGAAAUCGGAGUCGGACGAGUUGCAAAUGCGGAAUUUCCUCAAAGAGGGGGACUUGCUCAACUGCGAAGUGCAGACGAUCUUCAACAACGGCAUCGCUUCCUUACAUACUCGUUCGCUCAAAUACGGCAAGUUGCGCAACGGGAUAUUCGUCAAGGUGCCCGCUUCGCUCAUUGUCAAAUCCAAGAACCACGCGCACGACUUGCCGGGCAACGUGUCGGUGAUCAUCGGCGUCAACGGAUACAUCUGGCUCUACAAGACCGGCGCCAUCAAAAAGACGCCUCAAACCAACGUGAAUUCUACCGGCUCGAAACUCGCUCAAGCGGGCAAGGAUUAUGCGCCGGGACAAGCGUCCGUUUCCAUCACGAGACUAGAAGAAGAGAGUUCAUGGGAGAUUUAUAGCGACAAGAACGAGGAGAUCAAUCUAGCGACGAGGAACAACAUUGCGCGGUACUACAACGUGAUCAAGUGUUUGGCGUUUGGCGAGUUGGGCAUCACUGAGCAGCGGAUCGUGAUGGGGUACGAGGCCAGCUUGGCCUAUGCCAACGCGGGCAGUUUGAUCGACGCCGAGGCCAUGGAACUGUUGUGUCGCGAGGUCUUGAACAGCGAGAAGAUGAGAGGUUAA